GCUCCGCCGCGGGAGAACAGAGGAGAGCUUCCCGAUCGAGGCGCAUCCACGCCUGGUUUGGUUUCGCAGCCAAAAUUCCCGAGGAAUGGAUCAGCUCUGCCGAUCUGCUCCCAGUUGUAAUUGCGCGCGGCAGCGCCCAGGUGCGUUGCACGCGGACAGCUGCUCCAAAACAGCAUCCAAAGGAAGGUUUCCCGUGCAAUUGUUGGUCGAACCGGAACCAAUGUUGUCUGCACUGCUGAGUGGAACGGAAAAAGAAGUCACCUUUUCAGUUUUCACCCCUCCGCCAUCAUCUCCAACUGCAAGUCUGCAGAGUCAAAAAAAAACUGCAAGUCUGCACCAAGCUGCGAUGCGAGCCUCGGCCACAUGCGGUUGACGAGCAGAUCACGCAAUAGCGGCGCGUUAUUUAUCGAGGGCGCAGUCAUCGCAGCACCUCCUCUUCUCCGCCCCCACUCCCCCACCUCACCGCCCAACCAGGCAAGGCAACCACGCUGCCCCUCCCCACGCCCUCCCUCCCCAGCCCGGCAGCCCCACACGCCGCCGUUUCCUGCUGAACCCCUCCACCUCCAGCUCGACGGCUCUGGUGGUUGCUAAGGAAACCACGGUCUCAAAUCCCCGCCCGCCGGCCGCUGCCUCCAGGUGGAUCCCAUCCACCGACUUCAAGAGGGCCCCGUCCCGUCCCGCCGUCUGCCGUCUCCGGAAGGGGCCUCCGCCGGCUGCCUACACCGACUGAACCACGGUGCCGCCGACCCGAGGGUCCGUCGCCUUGAAAAGGAUCUGAACCUGCCGGGCGAGGUGAUGUACGGCUCGCCGGUGUCCAAGGAUCUAAACCUUCCGGUGCAGCCGGCGAUGAGCUCGUCAGGGCUGCUGAGGUACAGAUCGGCACCAAGCACGCUGCUCGGCGAGGUCUGCGAUGACUUCAUCCCGGCCGGGCCCCGCGCCGCCAGUCCCGACGCCGGUGCCGACAACGUCUUCACCAGGUUCUUGUCCGACCACCAUAUCCGGGAAGACAAGCCGUCGCCGCCAGCGCCUCCUGUCCCUGCCGCUGUCCACUUCCCGAAUGAAGCCGCCAUGGCCUCCCAACAGCAGCAAAUGAUGUUCCACUCUCAGCAGCAGCAGCAGUCCGGGCUCUACCGCACCGUCAGCUCCGGCACGGAGGUCGCCGCCGCCGCCGGCGUCGGCGCCAGCAGCCUGAUUCGGCAGAGCAGCUCCCCCGCCGGAUUCCUCAAUCAUUUGAACUUGGACAACGGAUACGGGGGUAUGCUGAGAGCGGGCAUGGGCUUCAGGAACGGCAGCAGCGCUUCUGCGGCCGACUCUCCCGCAGGCGGCGGGAUCAGGCUUAAGGGGCAGCUCAGCUUCUCAUCACGGCAGGGCUCGCUGAUGUCUCAGAUCUCGGAGAUGGGCAGCGAGGAGCUCGGAGGGAGCAGCCCCGAGGCUGCCGGUGGUGGCAGGGGGUACAUCCCCGGGUACCUGAUGGGCUCCGGGUGGGAAGAUUCGUCGUCGCUCAUGUCGGAGAACUUGUCUGGGAUGAAACGCCCUCGGGACUCGUCGGAGCCUGGCCAGAACGGCCUUACGCACCAGUUCAGCCUGCCGUCGUCGGAAAUGGCAACUAUCGAGAAGUUCCUCCAGUUCCAGGAUGCUGUGCCUUGCAAGAUCCGCGCCAAGCGGGGAUGCGCCACGCACCCUCGCAGUAUCGCGGAGCGGGUGAGGAGAACAAAGAUCAGCGAGCGAAUCCGAAAGCUUCAAGAACUCGUCCCAAACAUGGACAAGCAAACCAACACUUCUGACAUGCUGGAUUUGGCUGUCGACUACAUCAAGGAACUCCAGAAGCAGGUUAAGGUGUUAAACGAGAGCCGCGCUAAUUGCACCUGCUCAGCAAGCAAGAGUCAGCAAUACUCUGGUUGAAGCAAGUUCAUUUUGGAUAGAGGGGAUGUAAACGUAGCUCUCAUUUCUUUGAGGUUUGAACAGAGGCAGUUCAGAGGCUGACGGCAUGUGUAUGAGCAAAGGGGAAUGAAGCAGGGAUAUCAUCAAGUAUUGAAGUGACAGGUAGAAGGUAUUCAAGUGAUACGGAGAAGGGUGAAAGUGGGGAGACAUGGGAGAAAUAAUUGUAUAGUUUUGCUGUAACUUUGCUAUAUAUAUACCACCCCUUCCGUUGAAAGUUACUAGUGUACGUUCUACUUCAUGUAGUAGCAUCUGUACAUGUGCCACGGCAAAAAAUAGUAGAAAAUUUUCGAGGUGUUCAAUGGAAGCAAUAGUGUUACAACUC